AUGAUGAACCAGGGGGCAUUUAAAGAGGUCAACAAAAUCAGAAGCGAAAGCGACGAUGGAGAGAGCAGCGAUGAGAAAAGCGGAAUCGAUGACGCCAAGUCGUCUGUGUUUGUUAAGUCGAACCAAAUUCCCGAGAACACAGAUGUGGUAGAAGGUAUGAAUUUCGAAAAAGAAAUAAAUUUGCACGAGUUUGUAAACCAGUACAAGUACAUGGGGUUCCAGGCCACCAACUUGGGUAUAGGAAUUGACGAGGUGAACAAAAUGAUUCAUUUUAAGUAUGCAGAGGGGAGAGAAGGGACACAGGAUGACCAAGAUCUGGACAAUGGUAGCAAGUGUCAAGCCAUGCCAAAAAAAAAAAAAUGCCUAAUCUGGCUAUCCUUCACCUCAAACAUGAUAUCUAGCGGGCUGCGUGAAAUAUUCGUGUACCUCGCAAAGAAGAAGUUCAUAGACGUGGUGGUGACCACAGCUGGGGGAGUGGAAGAAGACAUUAUCAAGUGCUUCUCCAAAACGUACUUGGGCGAUUUUAAUCUUAACGGGAAAAAGUUAAGGAAAAAGGGGUGGAACAGAAUAGGCAAUUUAAUUGUCCCAAAUGAUAAUUACUGCAAAUUUGAGGACUGGCUCCAGCCCAUACUGAAUAAAAUGUUACACGAACAGAACAGAAAAAAUGAAGAACUCUUUUUGAAAAAGUUGGAAAAACGGAGGAGGAGAAAAGAGCAAGAAGGAAAAAAUGCGUCGUCAUCCCCGCCUUGCAAUCCCUCGUGUGACAGUUCCGAUGAAGACGAAUCGGACUUGUUCUACUUAAGCCCCUCCGAGUUCAUAAACAAACUGGGGGAGGAAAUAAACGAUGAAAGUUCCCUCAUAUAUUGGUGCCAUAAAAAUGACAUCCCUGUAUUCUGCCCCGGGUUAACAGAUGGAUCCUUGGGGGAUAAUUUAUUUUUUCACAAUUAUGGGAAAAAAAUAAAAAAUAAUCUAAUUUUAGACAUUGUAAAGGAUAUUAAGAAGAUUAACUCUUUGGCGUUAAAUUGUAAGAAGUCUGGGAUUAUCAUUUUGGGAGGGGGUCUACCGAAACAUCACGUUUGUAACGCCAAUUUGAUGAGAAACGGAGCCGAUUUUGCAGUGUAUGUAAACACGGCUAAUGAAUACGACGGCAGUGAUAGUGGCGCAAAUACUACGGAAGCUUUAUCGUGGGGGAAGAUUAAGGCGGGUCACACGAACAACCAUGUUAAAGUUUUUGGCGAUGCUACGAUUUUGUUUCCCCUGAUGGUUCUCAACACGUUCUACUUGCACGAUCAACGGGGGAAGCACACCUCGGGUGAAGCGGAAACGCGUAUAAUCACACAAUAG